CUCAAUAGAGUUGUGGCUUCGGACAAAAUGAGUUUGACUUUUAGCCCCCAGUCUUCUUUGUGUUUCGGCUAUAUGCAGUAGUGCGCCAAAACUAUCAGUUGUAGCCACUUCCCUUGUCUACACCACAGCAAAAUCUGAAAAGGAGAAUGGCGUUGUUUUUCUUGCUGAUGCACGUGGUUCUGUUUUGUUCGCCGGUUCUAGAAGCUCAGACACCGAAUUCCCCAUAUUUCAGUUGGACCAAAGAGCUUAAAAAUGAGCUGUUCUAUGUUCGCCAAUAUGAUAAACAUGCAAGACCAAUAUUGAACAGCAGUGAACAAGUUAUCCAAGUAGACGUGCGGUUUAGUUUCUCACGGGCUGUUUUCAACGAGAAGGACGGCAUUCUAGAGACAAAUGGAUGGCUUGGAUUGCGCUGGCUUGACAGUAUGCUGAAGUGGGACCCUUCAGAGUUUGGUGAUAUGCGCAACCUGAAGCUGAUUUCGGACUUAUUGUGGAAACCAGAUAUAGUGGUGUUUAACAGUGUGCGAGGCUACGAUCCCAUGCCUCCAUCUCAAGCAACUCUCCUUCAUGACGGUACGGUGUACUAUAUACCACCUUUGUAUCUAGUAACACCCUGUGACCCAGACUUGACUAAAUGGCCAGAAGGCUUUAUAAAAUGCGAAAUACGAUUUGGUGCGUGGACUUUGGAUAGCACCGAAAUACUCCUCGGUAUUUUGGAAAAUGAAACAAAGGCAGACCUUAUACAUUAUGAAAGUUGGAGUUCGCAGUGGGAGAUAACAGAAACAGCUGUUUCAACCAACUCUUACUUCAAUUGCUGUAACCCAUAUUACCAAGAUGUAGCUGUCACUGUUCACUUGAAAAGAAAUUCUUCUCCAGCAGAAAAAAUUGUUAUAGUAUCCUCUGCUGGGAUAUGGAUAAUUGUCUUGUCAUCAUACUGGAUGAGCCCCAAUUCAGCUGAUCGCCAAACAAUUGGAUAUUCAGGAUUCAUUGGGAUGAUAUUGAUCCUUGUUAUUUUUCUAUGGAAAUUACCGACAGGAAAAAACGUCCCAGUUCUCUUGAUUACUCAUCUCGUGCUACUUCUGCAAUGCGGUUCAAAUUGUGCUGUCACGAUGAUGAACCGUAGGCUUCUUCAACGGUCUCCGAAAUCCGCGCCCUAUUGGGUGAGGCGUAUGGUGAACAAUAAAAUACUGGAUACGUUGUCACCUAGACGCGAAAUGCUGACAGAAAUCGAGUUGAAUCAGGCUCAUAUCCCAUUGGGCACUGGGAAUGACUCAAGCACACUUCUGUCAUCUUCAUCAACUGUGCCGGAUGAAACCGGCCAACCACGUCUGAUGCAGACUUUCAAAACGUGUAUUUCAGAAGACUUAGACAUUUGGUACCGUGUGGCUACUCUUUUUGAUCGACUAGCGUUUUCCAUCUAUCUUCUGAGUUUUAUCCUUGUUUCGGCAUUCAUAGUUGUCUUGUAUACAAGAGAAAAAUGAGCACUGAAUGAAGAGAUGUGAACAGCUGA